CACUGGACGCUCAAACUAACCGCGUUGAAAUCUCCGGGAGAACAGGAAGAUUUUAGCAACAUGCGCUCCUAGUAUUAGUAAAGUGAAUGUAGUGAUAGCGAAGUAAAAACUUUAAAGACUGAAAUCAGAGAAAAUCUAGACUUUAUUCAAUACUCUUCAGUUAGACUGAAGUUCUUAAUUAAUUGGCCUGAUGACAUCAGAACAUAAGAAAAUGGCUGAAGCAGAUGACACAAUGGUAGCAAUGGAAAGCAGAGAUAACCAUGACGUUGCUGAGAGUCGUGUAAACUAUGCUGAUAUGGUGGACACAUUGGGAGGAGCCUCUAACUUCUUCAAUACACUGGGAUACAGGAACACAAUGCUGGGACAGAAUAGGUUGGGACAGAGUAUGGCCCGACAGAAAGGAAACAGCUUUACCCAACGUACAGUGUCCAAUGUGGCUGGAGCAGCAGGGACUGGUCUUUCUAAUCUUGAUUAUGAUUAUAACAUAUCUGAAACACCAAAUAGAAGGUUUUCAAGCCCAGGAGUUUCCGGAUAUGGUAAUGUAGGUUUGACCGGGGCCGGAGGCUAUGGAACAACUGGUCUCACCAGGAACGGAUAUGGGGGAGGUGGAAGUGGUUAUGGAAGCGGGUAUGGUUAUACCCCGGUGAGCUAUGGUACUGAUUAUGCUACUACUUGUGAAGAUAAAGGGUUGAACCCUGCUCUAGUAUUAGCUACUCUUGCUGGAGCUGCAGUUGCUUUUGCACUUAUUUACCGUCAAGUCACCAUUGGUAGGAGCUUAAAAUCAGGCCCACCGACCCCUAAACAGUUGCUUGAUUACGUAGCAGAUGCUGUAUGGUCUGGUUUGGAAGACUUUGAGGAGAAAAUCGACCGGAUUGCAGAGAACAACAAUGGAGAUGAAAACUCGUGGAUUUCCAAACUGUACAAUCAGUUCUCUGGAGAAUUCAACGAUAUUGAUGAUUCACUGACUGAAGGAGAUCUUGACGGUCUUGAACCUCCUAUUCUUGAUGAAACCUGGGGACUAGGUAUCAGAACCAAACAAAAUAAAACCGGCAGCACGGUUGUUGAAGAACCGGUUCCCUUGGAUUCUUCUAGAAAGCGUAGAACGGCGGAGGCGGAGGAGAACACGGCGGAGAAUGUUGUCGAGGCGGAAGAUGAAGAAGCGUGCAGGGUUGAGAUGUGGAGAUGUCUGUCCGCUGUGAUUGAGCAUGGACUUCACUAUAUGGAUAAACCUGAAGGAUUAAUGGGGUAUGUAAUAGAUCUUUAUUUAUAUCUAUAUAUUUUAAGAGCUAGCUGAAGGGCCCGGCGUUGC